GAGUAGACAGGCAAAAUGAAACAAUCUGGGACAACGGGACGAAUAUCGAUACAGCUGAAUGUUAUUGGUAUGUUGCCUAUAUGCCACCCCAAGCCCACAAUAUACAGCGUCCAUUUUAUCGCUCCCUAUCCCUGUGCGAGCGAAUGCUUCUCAAGCACAAAAAUAGGAGGCAGGAGCGCCGUUCUAUUAGGGGCGUGGCCACAGACGUAGGCAUCGUGAUACUGCCAAGCUCCUCCUAGUAGGAAGGAUUCCAUUCGUGAGUCCCGUUGAUGCGAUUGCUCCUGCUGUGAGUCCCCUGCCAGGCUUGUGACUGAGCAAGUAGUGCUUAUUCUGAGAACAGGGAAGGAUGUUAGAACUGGAGCAUUAUCUGCACCUGGAUAACGCUGGUCUAUGCAUCCUACCAUUUUCGCUGCAAUGGCACAUUAAGCUUUAUUGACUCUUCAUUGAGUGGACCAGAUAUUCUUUAUUGACUCUUCAUUGAGUGGACCAGAUAUUAAGAGAGAAAAUGGAAGACAGCAUGAAGUCCCUGAAGAACUAUAUCAUUCCUAAAAUUAAAACAGCUGCUGAGAAAGGGUAUCUUGCACGUGACAUGACCAAUAAGAGGGAAUAUAAUGAUGUUCUUAAUAUUCUGAAUGAAGCAAGACUAGACAUAUGCUAUGAUUUAAAGUCUUCAUGGAAGUUGGAAGAUCCAAAACUAAUUUGUAAUUACAAUUUGGAAAAUCAUUUUAUUGAAAAAAGGUCUGAGAUGCGAGAACUCGGAAAAAAAGAUUUCAAAGAACAGUUCUGCUUUCUAGUGGUACCUAAGACUGCAGUUGUUGACAUAUGCCAGCAUGGCCUAAGUGUUAAAAGUUCAACCAUCACAAUUUUAGGGAAUCCUCAACUAGGAGUAUACGUCUUCAGGCACAUUGAUGUUGCACUGCAUUAUGCAAAGAUGAAAAAUAGUAAAUCAAAUACCAUUGUAGUUUUUAAGGCACUCUUUGGCAGAAUUAAGAAAGUACAGCCAGUUUUGAAUUCUAAGAAAACUCCACUGGAUCCUGCACCUAACUAUGAUAGCCAUAUGUCAAAAAAGUCUCCAUCUUGGACUGAUUCCUUUGAAAAGCAAACAGCAAAUUCAUUAGUGUAUUUGUAUGAGUACGACCAAAAUUUCAAGCCUGCCGACAAUCCAAGACAUUGCCUUCCAUAUGCUUCAGUGUCUGUCACAUUUAUUGAACAGAAGACAGAAAUAGGGCCAAUACUGCCAACGGUAAAACUUAAACCAAAGCUGGUUACCUCUGGCAGUGCUAACUUAAUGAACUGCACAGUAGCAAAACGAAUUGGUAAAGGCAAGGAUGCAAAGAUUGUUUUUGAAAAUGUUCGCACAGUAGCGCCAAAGUCACCUCUAUUAUGUCACAAUGCACAGCAAAAUGAGUUCCUCCUUUCUUGUACUGCCAUAAAUCUUAUGAUGGAAAAUCUUCUAGGGACUUCUUCCUUUGGUAAGCAAGCUGUGGACCCCACUAUGCAUUUGCCUUAUCAGUUGCCUCACCAGUUUGAUCAAAAGGAGAAAACUGGAAAAAGAACAGAUCAUGACAUGGAUGGGCUGAUUUCUUCAAGCAUGGUGAUUACAUCUAAAUCAAUAAAAGAUCCCAGAAUAAGAAGAGAGGAACAGGAAUUAAAACCUUGUGAUCAGAAAAUAUAUUAUCAGUGGAAUUCUCAGAAAUGUGAGGAAAAAUUAAAAAAGUCAUUUUUUUUGAGUUUUGAAGAAGCUCGACUUUAUGACAGUUUAAUAAAAAAGUCUGAAGUAAAUAAACAUUCAUUGUUGAAUGAAUGUGAAAAUGACAAUAAUAUGGUGAUGAAACAAGAUGAAACAGUAUGUUAUUCUCAAAAUCUACCUGAGAAAGCGAUAGUUGAGGAAAAGGGAAAGCAGCAAAAUCCAAGUACACUCUCUGAAAAAGAACAUUCCUCUGCUACACAAGAUUUUUUUCAUGUAUCUAAGACUUUAUCUGUCACUAACACAGUCUGUGGAAAAGUUGUUAAAAAAAGUGAUCACAUUUUAAAGAAACACAAAAAAGAAAGAAGUUUCAGUAUUGGGUCAACAAAAUCGGAAUUGACAAAGAAAGCUUUCAUUUCUAAAGAAAAAAAGAAAUUUGCAGGAGUGGUGCAAUCUAGUGGAUGUAACUCUUUUGAAAUAAGCCAUAAACAUAAAAUGCAGAAAAAGACAGCAAUUUCUAAUGAUAAUAAAGAGAAAUCAAUCAAUAGUAAAAAGAUUGUUGAAGUUUCAAAGUGUAGUACAAAUUUUGAAGAAAAGGUAUUACCAGCUAUUUCAACAAAAUCAAAUCACAGAGUAAAAGCUGAAAACAUGGCACAGACUGUAAAGAAUGUUUUUAAAACAUCACAGAGCAAUCACAAAAUCAAAGGUAGUAAGGUUCAUGGUCAAAAAAGCUCUGAGAAUUCAAGAAAAGCUUCUUUACAGAAAAAUGCCACCUUACCAGUUAAUAAGAUGGAUGUUGGCACCAAAAGAAGAUUUGGAAAAGGUACAGAUAAAAGGAAAGAACACUCAUCACUUGUGAAAGUACAGAAGAAAACAGCUAAAAAUGAGACCUCAGAAAAGCUAUUUGCAAAUGCAGAAGGACAACAACAAUGGUUAAAAGAAAAUCUAACUGACAAACAGGAACAUCAGUGCAGUAAAACAAUGAUUACUGGUAUAACAUUGGCAAAGGAAGAAAUACUGAUCCCUCCAGAGAAAAAAAUAUCACAGAUACCAUAUGUCACUUCUAAUGAUAACUCUGAGAUGGGUGAUUUCCAAAAUGAUCAUUUUGCAAACAUGGAAUUUCAGAAUGAAACUGUUUGCUCUCAAGAACCUGUUAUUGUGAAAAUGAAUUCCCUUAAAGAAAGAUGUAAAAAUAUGUUUACAGCAAAAACUUCAGAAUGUACACAAAGUGAAACAACAGAUUAUUGUGUAGAAAAUAUUUCCUCCUUGCAUUUUAAAGAACUAGCCUUUGAGCAUCAAAUUUCUUAUAUACUUUUACCUGAGGCAAUUGUAAAUCAGAAUUGCGUAACUGAUGAGGUUUCUUUGUUUGAUGCUGGUAAUGUUGGCAUACCUAUGGAAAAUAGCAUUUUCGGGACACAUUUGUGUUUGCAGAGUUAUGAAACAGAAAUAGGGAAUGAGGAUUUAUUUUUUGAAGAUAUGGAGGUUGGCGGUGAGAUUGAAAUUCCAUCUUUCGAUAAUCUAAAUGACCCAAAAGCCCAAAUGCCAGUUGAUUUAAACAUAUCCUUAAACGUGUUGCUUGAUGAUAUUGAUUGUAGCCACUUGGCAAACCGCAUAGAUUGGAAUAGUAUGUUUGGUUUGGGCGGUUCCACUACAGUAGUAGGAGAGGUGCUAGUGCCACAGUCUAACAAAUCACCCCUCCAAAAAUGUGAGCUCCAAAAAUGUGAGCUCCAAAAAUGUGAGCGUGAAAAGAUAAUCUACCCUGAUUUACAAAUAACAGUAGAGAACCAUAGUAAGCUGCAUGGUAACCUCACUCCUGCUUGUGGGAAUCAAGAAGUACAACAUAAAGUUCAUAAUGAUGACAUUCUUUCAUCACUUGAGACUACUGAGAACAAACUUUUGGUGGAUAGCUUUGAAAGCAAAUGUAAAGGAAAUGCUGCACCUUUGAUAAAUUUUAUACAACCACCCCUUGAAAAUGUCAGUAUAAAUCUAUGUGAUGAACAGCAGGACUGUUAUGUUGGUCUACACAUUUCCUCUUCUACGUCAAAUAACAUGCAGGCCAUGCAAAAAACAGAUGACACUGCCAAACAAGAACAAGACUUCAAAAGUCACAUGGGGGCAAAUAAUGGCCAGAGUGAGACAGAUGUAGAAGGCAAAAUGAAAGGUUUUACACAACAGAAAACCAGGUCCCUGAACAAGUGUUCAACUGUUUCAUUAGACUUAUGUUCAAUUUUAAAAAAGGCAGAUGAAACAUAUUGUGUAAAUGUAUUGCAGGAAUAUAAAUUAAUUUGCGAGAAACAGCUUCCCAGAUUUAUAAAAGCUUUUGAAGAGAAGCAGCUUUGCACAGUCAAAGAAGUCAUGUUUGACCGCAAUUUUUUGGUUGAAAGCAAACUCAAAGCAGACUUUAAGCAUGUCUUAAAACCACAGGCUAUAGAGUCAUUUAUUGAAUUGCAAAUGGUCAUGGAAACCAAACAAUUUAUAGAAAAUCGAAUAUACAAUCUAAAAGGUGAGCCCACAUUCAGAAGUCUUCUGUAUUAUGACAGCUCUCUCUACCUUGAGUUACUUGAUGGAGACAGGGGAUAUCAACAGCAGUCCAAUAUUUAUGUUGGAUUUCAACAGAAGCUAAAAAGUAGUGCUCUUGUUACACUUCAAAACCAUUACACUCAACUUUGUGAUGUUUUUGAGAAAAUUCAUGAAAAGCACAAAUCAUAUUAUGUCUUCCUUAAAUACCGAAGAGAAGCUGAGGAAUGUGAAGCUGUUUUAAAGAACUCAGCUGAUCAUUUGGAUUUUUGUCUCUCAGUCCCAUUAUCUUGUGGAGUUCAUAUUGGGGACACAUUUGAGGACUUAAAAAUGUUGCAGACAAGAACUUUAGAGAUUAUUAAGGCCUAUUAUAAUCUUCCAAAGUGUGAUGCUGGAAAACUUGAACAUGCACUGUGCCUUUUAGAAUUAAUCUGUGCAAAGAUUGAUUAUAUUCAGACCUCUGAGUCUUUGAACACUGAACUGUCCCUUUUUGGAAUUGAACAUUUAUUGUUUGAUGCAGCCAAAUGCACCAUUUUGAAGGAAAAAGCAAGAUAUAUUAAACAGAAAAAAAUUCCCUCACUAAUAUCAGAGUCUAUACACAAACUGAACCAUUCUGCCUUAUUAAAAUUAUAUGAAGUCUAUGGUACAUGUCAUGAAGAAACCACAGUUAUUUGCCCACAGCAAAAACACAACCAGUCAAACAUCAAUCCAGAGUUUAACAGUCAGGAAGAUGAAUAUUAUGUUGGAAAAAUCAUAGACCAAGCACAGUGUGCAGACUCUACAACAAUGAAUGAAAUGAUCGCUGGCUGUAAAAAGCACUUAGAAGCUCUAAAAAAAUAUUUUCAGAUAAUGCAAGAAUGUGAUGCAGAUGAAGUCAUAAUCACAGAAUAUAAUGUUUUGGAUGCAGCUAAAAAACAUAAUCAGACCACAAUUCUUCUGAAGCCAGAGGCAAUAGAAAGCUACAUUGAUAUCCUUAUGGUUUAUGAAACUUUACAUUUCCUAAAGUGUGUAAAGGCUUCCAGAAAGAACAACAAGAGAUUCAGGGGGUUGCUGUGGUUUGACAAAUCUCUCUUUCCUGAAUUACUUCAGUUUCAAAACAGAAUUGGAUUGUAUCUUAAAGGGAACUUGAAUUCGGAUGUCUUACAAAUUAUAAAUACUAAUAUAUAUGAGAUCAAGACAGAGCUAGAAGCAAUAAGCGAUUAUUCAGAUUCUGUCAAUUAUACCUAUGCCCUUCAGAUAAUGACACGGGAACUUUCAGAGCUCUCAGAACUCAAAACAUUUGUUUCAAAAUCCAGGUUUGCCAUGCAUUCCUAUGCUCACUUCUCUCCGCAUAUUGCCUCUCUAAACUACGGAAGUACUUUGGCGGAUCUUGAUUAUAACUACAACCAGUUUUCUGAUCUGCUUGGCCUGUUAAUGUCUUGUCCAAAAAAAGAUUUGGGAAAAAUUGCCCAAACAAUGAAAAUCAUGAAAACAAUUGAGUUCAUGAAACAAGCCACUUCUAGGUCAGACACUUCAGCAUUUGAUGUAUGCAUUUGCCAGAUAAUGGAAAACAAAAGGAAACAAGAUCAGCUACGAGGUAAAGAUGAUCAAGGUUACGGGAUGCUUAACACAAAGAAAAGGCCACCAUUGAAUCAGGAUGAACAGACACAUUCCAUGAGCCCAAAAAAGCGAAAGGUGAUGAAUUCCCCUCCACAUGAUUCCAAAGAAGAGCUAGAAAUAAGCAAACAGAAAAGCAACUCAAGGAUGAAAAACAAAGAUUACAGUAACGCAGCUGAUAAACAAUGCAAAAACUCUGAAAAGACUCCAAAGGGCAUAACAGCUGUAGAAAAAAAAGAUCAAUCUUCAUUUGCUAUUGAACACAUAUUUCAUAGAAAUUAUGUAUUAUCUCCAGUCAAAGCAAAAGUGCUAGAUCAUGCAAAUGACAGAGAAGCUAAAAUAAAAUGUUCCACUGAUGGUUCAGUAAAGGAAUUACUAAAUGAUUCACAAGUCACUCUCCACGCAAAUGGUCAACUUCAGGCACCAGAUAAAAAUAUAAAUGUUGCAUCAGGAUACCAGUAUCUCUCUGAUCGAAGUAAAAAAAACAUAGAUGUAGUAUCUCAAAUGCCUCGAGGUCAAGCUGAACAGAAAUCUAUUCUUAAAAAGCUGUAUUUUUCAGAUAAACAAAAGAAGAGCUAUAAUGUACACUUUGCUGACAAAUGCACAUUACAUAGUCCUUUGAAGGAACAAACAAAUGAAACUGCAACUUCCAUUAUUGAAGCAAAAGACAAGAAGAAUGAACCGUUGUUACAACAAAAUGGCCUUUCCAAUUGUAGUGAUUCAAACAGCCAUUCUCAGAGUCAGAUGACUGACACAUAUUCCCAGCCAUCCAGCUGCCUCUACCCUUGGCAAUAUUAUUUACAUUACUGGUAUCUAAAUAGCAGUAACACAAGUGUAGUGACCCAUCCUUACCAAGCAAUGCCUUACAAUACACAGCAGUCCAUGCCAUGUAGUGGGACAUCCUCAUUUACAAUACAAAAUCCUUAUACUGGGAACCAGCCAUACCCAAACUUUAAUAGCCAGGUUCAGCCUCAGAGGUUCCAGACAACAGAUGCACUUAAAGCUGCUAUGAAUUACAGUUACUCUGCUCCACACCCUGCAUCACACCAAGCUUCUGGGCAGGCUAGGUAUUCUUAUGAUGUUACACCAACAGGAACAUGGUCAUUGGGUUCCUGGUAGUAAGAUUUCCUGUCCUUCAUCUGGAUGAUAUUGUCAUCACCGGAAAAGGACAAUUCAAUGGAGCAUUCUUCCUUGUGAUUACUAACAUAACAAGAUUGCACUUAAUAUAGUGAAUGGUGAAACAAACUGUGUGUAAUGUGUACUGUUGAUAAAGUUAGACAUAGCUUAUUCUGCCCAGUAGUUUUGAGAUUGUGUGCAAAUGUGUUAACGUGGUAGCGGCAGCAGUACAGAUAAAAAUUAACAUGGCCUCACUAAUGUUUUUUUUCAGUUAGGAGAAGCAAAGAUACACUUCCAGAAAAUUCUGUAUGUGCAGUUUUUAUUUUUAUAUUUUUUCAUUUAUUUAGGCUAUUGGAAAUACAGUUGAUAGCAAUAGACCAAAGCAAAUGUUUAAAUGGCUGCCAAUCUGCCUUAGGCACUAGACACUAUUAGCAGCUGUUGAACUUUGAUUAUUUUUUUACCCCACUUAACACUCAACAGCCAUAGUGAUCAUUGUACACGAGGAAGACAUCACUUUGAACACGUCCUACUACUCAAAGCUGAUUAAUAAAUUAGCCCAAUUUUGCUCAUAAAAUUCAGUACAUUUUCUAGUAUUACCAACUUUAUUCAAAAUGGAACUAGAAAUGCACAUUGCAUUUUUAUCUUUUAAAAAUUAUUAACUUUGCUUUGGGUACAAUUUGUACUAUUUCUUGUUUAAUCAAAUUUAUGUUUAUAAAGUAUGAGGGCUUGCAUAUUUGUCUUUAUAUACACUUGUGGAUGGUUUCCCUCAGGAGAGGAUCUUUCCAUUUCUGCAACAUCACUUUAGUAAGCUUUUAUAGAUUUUUUUUUUUUGCCACUUGAAACAUAUCUUUGUGAUAUGUUCAAUGCACAAAAUAAGCCAUUCAUCUGUUCCCAAGUGCCUGUAUAAAAAAAACUAUUGAAUUGCAGUGUUUUCUUAAAACUAGCUGUAAAUGAGAUUGUGGUACAUGUGCAGGGUCAGUGGCUCCAUUUAUCUGUGUUAAGUUAAGGCAUUCGUUUGGUGUAGACCCCCAUAAAAAGAAUGUCCUCUUCAGUGCUGUCAAAGAGAUAUCAUCUUCUGUCCUAGACAGCCUUUGUGUUGUGUGAUGUCUAACUAUCCUAUUAUUUCAGUUUAUGGCUCUAA